GCAGGUACAAAAAAGAAGCAGCCUAUUUCAUCUGCUCGUAAUCGGAGAAGCCAAGGAGGCGACGACGUGAAGGGCGUUGGAGAUAUCAAGUGUAUCGGAAUCGGUUUCUGUUCUUCUCCGAGAUUUCAACUUCAAUGUCUGCAUAUGAAAACGUUGUUGGUGGGAAGCUGAAAUUAAAGGGCAAGGCCCUUGAUGUGAAAGCUGGUGGAGUCAAGAAGAAGAAGAAGACGAAUAGACAAUUAUCUGAUCAAAUCACUAAAAAGAUUGACGAUGAGAAUGUUGACGAUAUUGGUGGAGGCACCAUAACAACAACCGAUCAGGAAGACACAAACGAUGGGGACAAACACUUGGGAGAAUCAAAUCGUUCUUCUUACUUGGACAGUAUGACUCCAGCCGAGAGGCGUUACAUGGAGCAAAGGCAGCAAAUUGACAUGCACAAAAUGGCGAAAACGUCAAACAAAUCGCACCGUGACCGGAUUUCAGAUUUCAACCAGUAUCUUGCUAAUAUGAGCGAGCAUUAUGACAUCCCGAAGGUUGGUCCUGGCUAAGCGUCAUGGCGAUCCAAAGGCCAUGGUUCGGUCUGUGUAUUUUUCUUUUCUUGUUAUCUUGUCUAGUGACUACAAGUCUUGGUUAUAUUGCAUUGUGGAUCAUAACUUGAAAUGGUCAUCUCAUGGGUUUCUCCCAUGAUUUGUUGGUUUUAUUAUGGUGUAAGUUUUAACUUCAAAUUCUUGAACAUACCCAUAUGCUAUAUGAUCCA